UGGCACCAGAGUGUCCUUCCCCCACCCCCAUUGUCUGUGCAGAAUUUCAACCAUCCAACGCCAAUCCCUCGGAGAAAAACCAUCCAUAAAAACGAGAUGAGUAGCCGACCACCAUCCCCGCCGGGGAGCGGCCCUGUGGAUCUCUCUACAAGCCGGCCAAAUCUUAGGCGGGACUCUCUCCGGAGCAGUUUCAGCGUGGUAUCAGACGUAGAGAUGGCCCGGCAUGAGGUAUUCGAUGGUCCCAUCUCAGAAAGUAUCCCAUCUAGUGUCGUCUCAUUUCUACAUCGUCGCAACCGAGCAGGAUCAACGGUCAGUUUCACUUACUUUCAGGACGGCGAAGAUUUCGCAGAAUGGUCCAACGAGGACGCGGUGGAAGAAGAUCUCGAAGAAAUAAGCUCUGGAGCCGAAGAUGAGUCGGCUGGUGGACUCGUCGAAGCCGAUGUGGAGUCUAGCAGAGGUUCUUUCAUCUCCAAGAGACUUUCGCAAUCACGGGACUCGGAAGAGCAACCUCUGCUUUCACGAUAUAUCUCUGCGAGCUCAUAUGGCCGUGAUAGAAGGUCUGGGAACAGACUCAAUCAGAAGGUGUAUAUUGCUUCGGAAGACUUAACGGCGGUCUUUGCGGGAUUCUCUACCAGUACAGGGGGGUUUGCUCUAUAUGUCGCUCUGUGCAUAUUGACUGGCGGUCUCGCAUAUCUUUUCUUCCGCUGGCUUCCAAGAUGGCAUGUGAAAUUAAUUGGAAAACCAGCCCUGCUGGGGAAAUGUCAAUGGAUCGCUAUUGAGGACCAAUGGAAUCAAUUCACCAUCCACAAAGUUGGCGGCCAGUCUUAUGGUCGCCCACUAUCAACUGUCUUUGUUGACCCCUCUGGCCAAUCUUACGACGAAGACCGUGAUCCAACUAUUCAAUCUCUACGGUUCCUCGAUUACAGGUACUUGCGAUUUUUCUACCAUCCCGUCGAAGAUAAAUUCUCCUUGAUCAAUGGCUGGAAAGACCCCGCAUGGACCAAUGCGAAGGCCAUGCGCGCGGGAUUAGAUGCCGACGAGCGGGAUAGUAGAGAACAGAUUUUCGGACAAAAUGUCAUUGACAUCCAGCAAAAAACCGUUCCGCAACUGCUGCUUGAUGAGGCUUUCCACCCUUUCUAUAUGUUCCAAGUGGCAAGUCUCAUCCUUUGGUCCAUGGAUGAGUAUUACUACUAUGCGGUUUGUAUAUUUCUGAUCUCCGCUUUCAGUAUUGCAACCACUGUACUAGAAACCAAAUCGUCAAUGAGUCGGCUGAGAGAAAUAUCCCUGUUCGAAUGCGACGUUCGUGUCCUCAGGAAUGGGUUUUGGCGCUCGGUCUCCUCACAGGAUUUAGCACCUGGUGAUGUGUUUGAGUUCUCUGAUCCGUCACUGAACCAGGUACCCUGUGAUUCUAUCCUUUUAUCUGGCGAUUGCAUCGUCAAUGAAAGCAUGCUUACUGGCGAAUCUGUACCUGUAUCCAAGACGCCGUUGGUUGAUGAUGCUCUCAAAAACCUUGAUCUUAGUGCCCCAUCGAUACAUCCUGAUGUUGCCAAGCACUUUCUUUUCAGUGGGACGAAAAUCAUUCGGGCUAGGCGGCCGCAGAAUGUCGAUGAUGAUGAGGCUGUUGCCUUGGCUAUAGUUGUCAGAACUGGCUUUUCCACCACCAAGGGUGCACUUGUCCGGUCAAUGUUAUUUCCGAAACCCUCCGGCUUCAAAUUUUAUCGGGAUUCAUUCCGUUACAUUGCUGUGAUGGCUGUUGUCGCUCUCUGUGGCUUCGUCGCUUCGUUCAUAAACUUCGUGAGACUGGGUCUUUCUUGGCACCUUAUUAUCGUCCGCGCCCUCGAUUUGAUUACAAUUGUCGUACCUCCGGCCCUCCCAGCAACCCUUAGCAUUGGUACGAACUUUGCACUUUCCCGCCUCAAGAAGCAAAGUAUCUUCUGUAUUAGCCCACAAAAAGUCAAUGUUGGAGGGAAGCUAGAUGUUGUCUGUUUCGAUAAAACGGGUACCCUCACAGAAGAUGGGUUGGAUGUUCUCGGGGCACGGGUAGUCAGCAAUAAUCAAAGGUUCUCUGAUUUGCUGUCCGAAACUUCUACGGGUCUAUUACUGCCAUCGUCAGUGGCGAACUCACCAUACGACCAGGAGAAGCAGCGGAAGAUAAUAUACACCAUGGCAACAUGUCACUCCCUAAGGGUUGUGGAUGGAGAGUUGUUAGGAGAUCCUCUUGAUGUCAAGAUGUUUCAGUUCACGGAUUGGUCUUAUGAAGAAGGUGGAGGCCAUGUCUCUGAGCAGACAAGCCCUAAGUUUGAUACAAUCACUCCAUCAGUUGCAAGGCCGCCAGACACCCAUCCGGGUGAAAUCCAGCGAAAUGGACCCAACCUUCCCGUCGAACUUGGUGUCCUACGGAGCUUUGAAUUCGUAUCUCAACUCCGCCGUGCAAGUGUCGUUGUUCGACAAUUUGGCGACAAUGGGGCCAGCUUCUUUGUUAAGGGUGCCCCUGAAAGCAUUAAGGAUAUAUGUGUGCCCGGAACCCUUCCAUCCGACUAUGACGAACUAUUGAACUAUUACACCCAUAAAGGGUAUCGAGUUAUCGCCUGUGCAACCAAAUACGAACGAAAGUUGAGUUGGAUGAAAGCCCAGAAACUAAGCCGGGCUGAGGCUGAGAGUAACCUCGAGUUUUUGGGCUUCAUCAUCUUUGAAAAUAAGCUGAAGCCUAGUACUUCUCGUGUGAUUACGGAGCUGAAUCAAGCUGGCAUUCGUAACGUCAUGUGUACGGGUGACAAUAUUUUAACAGCAGUGAGCGUUGCCAAGGAAUGCGAGAUGAUCGGCCCGGACGAGCAUUGCUUCAUCCCACAUUUCAUUGAAGAACCCGGACUUGUCACAAAAACAUCUCUUAUAUGGGAAAGCGUGGACAACCCCGAUUUCAGGUUGGACCCAAGAACCCUUCAACCCCUUAAAUUUUCAACCGAGGAGGAUCUUUCCAUUCCAGGAAACAUACUUCAUGAUAAAAAUUACUGUGUUGCGGUUACGGGUGAUGUGUUCCGGUGGAUGGUCGAUUAUGGAAACGAGGAUGUGUUGAACCGAAUUCUGGUCAUUGGAAAAGUAUUUGCUCGAAUGUCACCGGAUGAGAAGCACGAACUAGUGGAAAAGCUUCAAUCAAUUGACUACUGUUGUGGCUUUUGUGGAGACGGGGCAAAUGAUUGCGGCGCUUUGAAAGCCGCUGAUGUGGGAAUUUCCCUAUCUGACGCUGAAGCAUCUGUCGCUGCCCCCUUCACCAGUAGGGUUUUCGAGAUAUCAUGCGUGCCCACAUUGAUUCGUGAGGGCCGCGCUGCCUUGGUGACAAGCUUCUGCUGCUUCAAAUUCAUGAGUCUUUACUCAGCCAUCCAGUUCUCCACGGUGAGCUUUCUUUACACAUCCGGCUCCAAUCUUGGCGAUUUCCAGUUUCUGUUCAUUGAUUUGGCUUUGAUUAUGCCUAUUGCGAUCUUCAUGGGUUGGACGGGUCCUUAUCCCACGCUUUCUCGCAAGCGGCCGACAGCAGAUCUCGUAUCGCGGAAGGUUUUGACCCCACUCUUAGGCCAGAUCAUUAUGGUGGUUCUCACGCAGCUGGUGAUUUUCCAAACUGUCCAGUCCCAGUCCUGGUUCCUUCCCCCGCAGCUAGAUUUGGAGAAGAGUAAUAUUGUGAACUCGGAAAACACGGCGCUGUUCCUGUUCUCCUGCUUCCAAUAUAUACUGACAAGUAUUGUUCUGAGUGUCGGGCCACCUUUCCGGCAACCGAUGAUAUUGAAUGUUCCAUAUCUAUGCACAAUAAUUGUUGAUCUGCUGAUUGCAGCUUACAUGCUCUUCCGACCAUCAAAAUGGGUCAUGAACGUGCUUGAGUUAACCAUGAUGUCGGACAUUUAUCGAGGUUGGAUCUUAGCGCUUGCGCUCGGGAUGUUUAUACUGGCCUGGUCAGCUGAGGUGAAAGUGUUCCCUCGGUUGGCACGCAUCAUUGGACAUGCCCGGACUCGACUACAGCCAAAUUAUCGCAAGAAGCGUCGUCAGUACAAGGUCCUCCUGGAAGGAAUGGGCCUGUGA